AUGUGGUACCCGCCCGACGUGUCUAUCGCCCGGUCGAGCUUCUCCUCCUCGGAAACCUCAGUAGCAUCCCACUCCCCCGCCUCUUCUGGCGAAGCCGUGGGGUCGUCCAUGCAGCCCCUCCCCCCGAUAACGUGGUACCCACCUAGCACUGCAUUCAUCGUUCUACCGGGCCCCCGCUCGUUCGAAAAUCCGGCAAUUGUCCCCUACUUUGCCUUUCCUGAAACCGGAGGACCGAUCCCCGUCAACCAAAUAACUCAGCCCGUGGCGCCAUACAAUCCCCAUCAGGUGUCGCAUCUGAAUGGCUUUAAUCUGUUCGCUGCGCCCGGCCAGCCUCCCGUGUCGAGCAUGUCAGGCGGCCUACAAUACGGGUAUUCACCUGAGAAUCACCAGCGGCAGGCGCAAUCUUCAUCGUGGACACUGCAGUCGACACCACCUGCCGACCUGUCUAGUCAUGCGCCUCCCGUCUGGGGCGACAACGGGUCCGUCUAUGGCGGUGGCCCAUGGUUCAACCAAGAUCGGUUAUUGGCUGAUGUGUAUUAA